UUCCUGACAAGAGAGGGGAUGCGUUGUGGAGCCGGAAGUUGUGGUUGCCAGGGGAGACGGGAUUCAACUUCCGGUCGAGAGUCUUGUUGCCGUUGAGCUGCAGCCGUCGAGAUGCCGUCGAAACAAAGAACCAAACCGAUUAACAUUGUGCCUCCAAUACCAACUGCAAAGAUACCAAAAAAAUACAAGAAGGAUGACGAUGACAUGACUGAGGUGGGAGAUGGAGAUGAAUGGAAUUUAGGAAAGUCAAAUAUAACCAGACCCUCUGAUCAACUAGAACUUACCGAUCAAGAACUGAAGGAAGAAAUUACUCGUGUUCUUACUGCCAACAAUCCACAUGCUCCUCUAAACAGUGUGAGAUACAGCUUUAAAGAAAGGUCUUACAAACCAGUAUCAUUAAUUAGCCAAAUGGCCAUUCAUUUAUCAUUGGAUGGCAACCUACUACACAAGGAUUCAGAUGAAGCAAAGCGACAGAUGUCUAGAUGGGAAUUAUCUGAAGGUAAAGCUUUAAUAAUGAGUGAGCUUGAAAUUGGAGAGUUAGAUAGAGCUCUAGGGGCUGGUGGAAUCAAGGGAUAUGGGGAGAAGGCAGGGAACGGAGAAGAAGAAGAAGAAGAAGAAGAGAAGGAAGAGAAGGAAAUAAUUAAACCCAGACAAGAGCGGAAAAUUCCCAAUCAAUUCAACUUCAGUGAAAGAGCUUCACAGACUUUCAAUAACCCGAUGAGGGAAAAUGGAUGCCAGACGGAACCACCCCCAAGAGCAAGUUUUUCAUCAACAGCCAACCAGUGGGAAAUAUUUGACGCUUACGAAGAAGAACUAGCAAGACAAAUGAUCAUGAAAGAGAAGCCAAAGACACAGACUUCAAAAAAAGAUGCAAUAUCGAAGAAAAAGUUGUCACCUAUUGAAAUCACAGGCGAUGAUAUUUCAAGAGUUGGCAAGGUGUCUAAAAUAGUGGAACGAAUGGUGAACCAGAACUCUUAUGAUGACAUUGCACAAGACUUUAAGUAUUUUGAAGAUCCUUCUGAUGAAUUCCGAGAUCAAGAGGGAACUGUUCUACCUCUGUGGAAAUAUUUUUAUGACAAGGUUAAGAAAUUGUCAGUUUGUGGGAUGUCCUGGAAUCCUAGAUACCAUGACCUUUUCGCAGUGGCACAUGGCUCCUAUGAUUUUAUGAAGCAGAAUAAUGGUAUGCUUCUGGUUCAUUCUCUGAAAAAUCCUAUCUACCCUGAGUAUCAAUACAGCACAGAGAGCAGUAUCUUGUGCUUAGACUUCCACAGUUCUUAUCCGCAUUUGAUAGCUGUUGGAUUUUAUGAUGGCAACGUUGCUGUCUACAAUCUUAUGGAACGGACUGAUGGGCCCACUUACAAGAGUACAGCUUACACUGGCAAGCAUUGUGAUCCAGUUUGGCAGGUGAGAUGGCUAAAAGAUGACCUUGACAACAAUAUUAACUUCUGCUCGAUCUCAUCAGAUGGACGUUUUGUUUCUUGGGCUUUGAUUAAGAAUGAAAUUAUUCACACAGAUAUCAUCAAACUUACACUUGAUGGGAUUUGUAAAGAUGCAUUAGAAAAUUUGCAGCUGCAAAUUAUGGGCUGUGGAACCUCAUUUGACUUCCAUAAAAAGAAACCCAAUUUGUUUCUUGUUGGCACAGAAGAAGGAAAAAUACACAAGUGUUCCAAAGCCUAUUCCAGUGAAUUUCUGGCUACAUAUGAUGCCCAUCAUAUGGCUGUGGAUGCAUUAAACUGGAAUGCCUUUCAUCCAGAUAUCUUCAUUUCCUGCAGUUCAGAUUGGACAGUGAAGAUUUGGGACCACAAUUUAAAGAAUCCAAUGUUCACCUAUGAUCUUAACUCGCCAGUUGGAGAUGUUGCUUGGUCACCUUACUCUUCAACUGUGUUUGCAGCAGUAACAACAUCUGGAAAGGUUUUCGUUUAUGAUUUAAAUGUUAAUAAAUACGAACCUAUCUGCGAGCAAGCUGUUGUGAACAAGAAGAGAAACAAGCUCACACAUAUUGCAUUCAAUCCAACCUACCCCAUUAUAAUGGUAGGCGAUGAACGUGGAGGUGUGAUUAUUUUGAAAUUGUCUCCAAACCUUCGAAAACAGCCAAAGGCAAAGAAAGGACAAGAAGUGCAGAAAGGACCUGAAGUUGAAAUAGCUAAAUUGGACAAGCUACUGGCCCUGGUUAGAGACCCGGAUGUCAAGGAGAACUAAGUAACCCUUGCUGUGAGGAUAUUUAAUCAAUGUUUCCAAGCAUAUCAGUAGUCAUGUAUAGAUUUUAUACAUUUCCAUCUUCAUCUACUAACCAGUCUAAUGUGACAUCCUAUAUAUUCCAUUUAUAAGUACAGCACAAAAUCCUAAUAGCAUUUAAAGGUUUUACAUUUAUGUAUUAAGAUUAACCUGUCAGACAUAAUACAUUUAUAAUUACAUGUUUUAUUUCUCCUGAUAAUUAUAAAUUUUCACAUGAUGAUCCAGGAAAUGAAAAAGAUUUAUAAAAUUGGUAGAUUUCUUUAUUUGUGUUCAUCCUACAAAUAAAGUCCUGUAUUUUGUUUCAGUAUGGAUAAAUAAAUACUAAAUAAAAUCCCAAACAAAUUGUC